AUGACCCGGAAAGCGCGGCGCUGCCUGGGCCACCUCUUUCUCAGCCUGGGCAUGGUCUACCUCCGGAUCGGUGGCUUCUCUUCCGUGGUUGCUCUGGGUGCGAGCAUCAUCUGUAACAAGAUCCCAGGUCUGGCUCCCAGACAGCGGGCAAUCUGCCAGAGCCGACCGGACGCCAUCAUCGUCAUAGGAGAAGGCUCCCAAAUGGGCCUGGACGAGUGUCAGUUUCAGUUCCGCAAUGGCCGUUGGAACUGCUCAGCUCUGGGAGAGCGCACUGUCUUCGGGAAGGAGCUUAAAGUGGGGAGCCGGGAGGCUGCCUUCACCUAUGCAAUUAUUGCUGCGGGUGUGGCCCAUGCCAUCACAGCUGCCUGCACCCAGGGCAACCUGAGCGACUGUGGCUGCGACAAGGAGAAGCAAGGCCAGUACCAUCGGGACGAGGGCUGGAAGUGGGGUGGCUGCUCUGCCGACAUCCGCUACGGCAUCGGCUUCGCCAAGGUCUUCGUGGAUGCCCGGGAGAUCAAGCAGAAUGCCCGUACCCUCAUGAACUUACACAAUAACGAGGCAGGCCGGAAGAUUCUGGAGGAGAACAUGAAGCUGGAGUGUAAGUGCCACGGCGUGUCAGGUUCCUGUACCACUAAGACCUGCUGGACCACGCUGCCACAGUUCCGAGAGCUCGGCUACGUGCUCAAAGACAAAUACAACGAGGCUGUCCACGUGGAGCCGGUGCGUGCCAGCAGGAACAAGAGGCCCACCUUCCUGAAGAUCAAGAAACCCCUGUCCUACCGUAAGCCCAUGGACACUGACCUGGUGUACAUCGAGAAGUCACCCAAUUACUGUGAAGAGGACCCAGUGACAGGCAGUGUGGGCACGCAGGGCCGUGCCUGCAAUAAGACAGCCCCUCAGGCUAGUGGCUGUGACCUCAUGUGCUGCGGCCGCGGCUACAACACACACCAAUAUGCCCGAGUGUGGCAAUGCAACUGCAAAUUCCACUGGUGCUGCUACGUCAAGUGCAACACGUGCAGUGAGCGCACCGAGAUGUACACAUGCAAGUGA